UCUCUUUGUCUAAGAAACCCACCUCUCUCUUUCUUCCUGUCUCUCUCUACAUAAUUUCACUUUCUUUAUUAUUAUUUUUUUUUAAAUUCAGUGUCUCUGUAUAAAUCCAAAGAACAAAAACGAAGAAAUUAUAGAGAGGACAGGAACUUAUUUCUUUCUCUCUCUCUCUCUCUCCUCUCUUUCUUACAUUUCUCUCUCAACUUUUAGAGAGAGGAGAGAACUCUUUUUCCAAACCUACCCCUUUCCUCUCCUUCUUAUAGUACGUACAAAAUCCCAUCUCAUUAUAAUAAUACUCACCAAAACUUGUAGCAUUACAUAAGCACCGAACCUUUUCUCACUUUCUCUCAUACCAACCACAACUCCCAACUCAGAAAGGAGAGCAACAAAGUUUGUGCAAGGUUUUGUGCGGUAGCUAGCUUGCUUAAUUUCCUAUCAAAGCCCAGGAUGAUCAGCAAAAGCGUUGAAGGAGCACAGAACCAGGAAGCCAUGGCAGCAGCAAAAGGUGGAGCCGAGUCGAGCCGGGCGGGGCUCAAGAAGGGUCCAUGGACUGCUGCUGAGGACACGAUCUUGAUGGAGUACGUGAAGAAGUUUGGUGAAGGGAACUGGAACGCGGUGCAGAAGAAUUGCGGGUUGAUGAGGUGUGGCAAGAGCUGCAGGCUCAGGUGGGCUAACCAUUUGAGGCCUAAUCUAAAGAAGGGCUCGUUUUCUGGUGAGGAGGAGAGGAUUAUCAUUGAACUUCAUGCUAAGCUUGGCAACAAAUGGGCUCGUAUGGCCGCUCAGUUACCUGGGCGGACUGACAAUGAGAUAAAGAACUACUGGAAUACUCGGAUGAAAAGACGACAGAGAGCCGGGUUACCUCUUUAUCCUCAAGAAGUUCAGCAAGAAGCUGCAGUGUUUCACCUCCUACAACAACAACACCACCAAAAGCAGCCUCACUCUUCCUCUGUUCCAUUCUCAGCUUUCCUCUCCUCCUCUCAGCCUCGGAAGCUCAACUAUAAUCCCUCUCUUUCCGUCUUCAACACCAUGAAUUUCUCCUCACCCACAAACCCAAUUCAGAACCAAGUCACUCCUGGCUUUUACUCCAACCCCAGCAACCAAUUCAAGUUCUUCAGUGAAAACAACAACAACCCUGCCUAUUCUCUGCCUCUAUCCCCUGUUUCUCCUUUUGGGUCAUCACCAUCCCCUAUUUUUAAUCAAAACAUUGCACCCCAACCUCUUUCAGCUCCGUUUGUUGAGUACAACUCUGAUAGUUUUGGCAGUAGCCAAUACAAUCGUAGCCCUGUGGUUAUGGGCCCAGCUCCAUAUGAACCGUUUGGUUUAGUUCAAGGACUAGAAACAGAACUCCCUUCAAACCAAACGCCACUAAACUCCACAACUCAUACUUCAUCCAAUAGCAGUGGUGAUGAGAACCCACUGGGAGCUUCAAGCAGUGCUAAUGACUAUGAAAUCGAGAAUCCAUUGUCUCAGUCUCCUGACAAUGAUGGAUUGUUGGAUGCUUUGUUGGUGGAGUCUCAAACUCUAUGUGAGAAGUCCAAGGGAAAAGAAGUUUCGUCUGCAGUCGCCUAUGAUAAAGGGAAAGGCGUGAUGGUGGAAGCAACAACCGAGGAGGAAGAUCCAAUGAAUGUGGAUUCUGUUUUCAAAACUAGUGGUGAGACUAGUGCUGAGAACCACUGGGAUGAUUUGAGCUCUUCUCAAUCUCAAUCUCAAUCAUCAAUUGGUAUGAAACCAGCUGAAGAUCCACUGGAGGAGAUGAAUUCCAUGGAUGAUGACUUGGCUAGCCUGCUCACAAACUUCCCAUCAGCAAUGCCAACUCCUGAGUGGUACCGUGGAGGUCCUCACCUAUCUAAUGGGCAAUCAUCCGGUGUGGAAAGUGACAAUGUGAGGCUUGACACUCAACAAAGUGCUUCACCAGCCCCGGUCACCAACAGUACCGAACCAGAGCUCGAAUGGGGCCUAAGCCCUUGCUACUGGAAGAACUUGCCUGGCAUAUGCUAAAGCGCUUCUUACAAGCGUUUGUGUUUCCUACAAUAGUAAUAGGGUAGUCUGGUAGUGUCCAUAUGGAUUAAGGACAAGAGACUAUUGUCCAUGCGGUUAAGAAACUAGAGUUUAAUGUUGUUGUAAUAUAAGUUUAGCUUUAAAGUAGGCCUUAUGAACCUUUUCUUCUGUUGUAGUUCAAUGUUUAUGAGAGUGCCGUGUGCAUAUAACCAAAAGAAGGCUUAUCUUAUGUUUUUGUUGUAUAUAUAGUCAAUGAAGUAGUUUUUACAUUA